AGCGCGGGCGGAAGGGGCGGAGGAGGGCGGUCCCGGCGCGCGGCGCCCGCCCGCACCAUGGCCAAAGCGGGCGGCCGUGCUGGAGCUCCAGCCCCACCCAGUGCGCUGCGCGCCGCGGGCCGCCCCGCUCGUUGUGUGGGCGCCGGGCCAUGUACUCGGGGAACCGCAGCGGCGGCCAGGGCUACUGGGAGGGCGGCGGGGCCGAAGGACCGGCGCCGGCGGGGACGCUGAGCCCCGCGCCGCUCUUCAGCCCGGGCACCUACGAGCGCCUGGCGCUGCUGCUCGGCUCCCUCGGGCUGCUGGGCGUCGGCAGCAACCUGCUGGUGCUCGUCCUCUACUACAAGUUCCAGCGGCUGCGCUCUCCCACCCACCUCUUCCUGGCCAACAUCAGCCUCAGCGACCUGCUGGUGUCCCUCUUCGGGGUCACCUUUACCUUCGUGUCCUGCCUGAGGAACGGCUGGGUGUGGGACGCCGUGGGCUGCGUGUGGGACGGGUUUAGCAGCAGCCUCUUCGGGAUUGUUUCCAUUAGCACCCUCACUGUGCUGGCCUAUGAACGUUACAUUCGUGUGGUCCAUGCCAGAGUGAUCAAUUUUUCCUGGGCCUGGAGGGCCAUUACCUACAUCUGGCUGUACUCACUUGCAUGGGCGGGAGCUCCUCUCCUGGGCUGGAACAGAUACAUCCUGGACGUCCAUGGACUAGGCUGCACUGUGGACUGGAAAUCCAAGGAUGCCAACGAUUCCUCCUUUGUGCUCUUCUUGUUUCUUGGCUGCCUGGUGGUGCCUGUGGGUGUCAUAGCCCAUUGCUAUGGCCAUAUUCUGUACUCCAUUCGAAUGCUUCGUUGUGUUGAAGACCUUCAGACAAUUCAAGUGAUGAAGAUUUUAAGAGAUGAGAAGAAAGUGGCCAAAAUGUGCUUCUUGAUGGUCUUCAUCUUCCUAGUCUGCUGGAUGCCUUAUAUUGUGGUCUGUUUCUUGGUGGUUAACGGUUACAGACACCGGGUCACUCCAACAGUAUCAGUUGUUUCUUAUCUGUUUGCUAAAUCCAGCACUGUAUACAAUCCUGUUAUUUAUAUCUUCAUGAGCAGAAAGUUUCGAAGAUCCCUCUUGCAGCUCCUCUGUUUCCGACUGCUGAGAUGCCAGCAGCCUGCUAAAGACCUACCAGCAGUUGAGAGUGAAAUGCAGAUCAGACCCAUUGUGAUGUCACAAAAAGACGGGGACAGGCCAAAGAAGAAAGUGACUUUUAAUUCUUCUUCCAUUAUUUUUAUCAUCACCAGUGAUGAAUCACUAUCAGUUGAUGAUAGUGACAGAACCAGUGGGUCCAAGGUGGAUACAAUCCAAGUUCGUCCAUUGUAGGAAUGAAAGACUGAGCCUUAGAUUGGAUGUCACAUUCGGACUUUGAUUAUAAGGACUGUUCUGGAAUCUGCAUUCUGUGUAAUAGCACAAUUUUUACGGUCCAGCAAGAAAUCUGAAUUGCCUGCAUGCUCUCUGGCCUCAAGAAGAAACUGGACAAGACAAUUUUUUUUAAUUCAAUGGGUGCUUUAUGUAACAAAAACCCACUAAUGGCACAAGACAGGCAUCUGGCACCAUCAU